AUGAGGCUUACCACGACAGUUGCGGCGUCUUUCGCCCUGCUUCAUCCAUCAGUGGCGUCAACCUCCCACCAUCUCGCUUCACCAUCACCACAACCACCGUUCCUCAACUUCUCAUCCCCAGCACCCUACAUCUUCUCCUCCACCAACGGCCUCCUCCAGCAAUGGUCCAACACCUUCUUCCCCAACGGCCACACCAUCGCCGCCUGCGACAUCCCCGCCCACACGCUCCUGUACCACGGCCGGCACGAUGCGGACUCGCCCGCAAGCCCGGAAUGGCUGGCCUUCGACGUCGAAAUGGCCUACGGCAUUAUGGGCAGCCUGUCGGACUCACGCAUGCUGACGUACCGUACCGCGCGCGCUGUCAAGUGCUUGUACUUUGACGGCAUGUCGGCGAACCUGAUGAGCGACGGUGUGGAAUCGCAGAUGACUUUCCUGUUUGGCGAUAGCGAGAGUGUGCCGUCUCGCCCGCCCCCAGGAAGGGGGCCACCGGGCAGAGGACCUCCGGGAAGAGGACCUCCGGGAAGAGGACCUCCGGGAAGAGGAGGACCACCAGGGCACCGAGGCCCGCAUCCAGACGAGGGACGCCGCGAUCCGGGAAAUCGUGAGGACGGACGACCCCCAUUUGGGCACUGGAAUCCUUUGGAUGAUGAAUACCUCCGCGCCGAAGGCUUGUGCAAGUGGAUCAAAGAGAAGGGUCUCGGAGGUCGAGGAUGGGGCUUCGAGGGUGUCGUGCGGAUGAACGCCGGUUUCGAGCUCAUAUGGUGCGACUUCGACUCGCCGUCGCUACGGCUCAUGGCGAACUUGAAUGUAUCGGCGCCGCGGAUCGAUAUGGGACAGCAGACCACGACCGAAGAGUACGUGCAAGAGCAGCUACUUAAUCUACCCGUUGACCAAACCACCCUGCAAAGGACGGGAGACGUCCACCAGUCGGAUUCUAAAGAAGGCCCACAUGGCCCGGGAAUGACUGACCCUAGAGAACCGUUCCGCGGCGUUGCGAACUGGAUGUGGUUUACCGCCGCUGCCCGACGGUACGGCUUCAGCGGCAGUUCUGGGACAGGCACUGGGCGUGGGGAAGCUCGCGCGAGAAUCGAUCCCUGCGGUAUUUUCACCUUCUAUGACCCCGACCUUGAAGAUCAGGACCGAGCGCGUAUCGAGGACGAGCGCGCAAAUCUGAACAUCUCCGCCGACGGAAGGUGGCACAGCCCAGCAGAUGUUGAGAGUCGAGCCGUUGCGCUCGAGCAGCUUUUGAGGCGAAGGCGCUCACACCGGCCUAAUCAUGUCAGUCAGGGCGAUGGAAAGUACAUGAAAGCUGCCGUCGAGCGGCGGAUGCGCUCUGUUGCUCAAGGCGGAGAACAAUCCCGCAAUGCUUCCUGCAGUGGGAUCGAUUGGCAACUCACGACGCAGGAGAUAGUCACUUACUACGGCGCGAAUAUUCGCAACCUUCUCCACACCCUCGAAAAAAUCCCCGAGUCAUCGGAGAAACGCUGGCUUACCGUCCGCAACUGGCUUGAAUCAGUUCGUGUGCUGACGCACUGGUUCAUGAUGCCGUUUCUGGAAUACCCGCGCGGACCUUACACCAAUGAGUCUUUGAAACUCGACUUUGCCUUUGAUUCUCCGGCCAUGCAAGAAGCAAUCGAAAGGUGCCAAAACCAAUAUGGCACUGAGGGCAUGUCGGAUCUUGCAGACGGCGAGAACAUACUCUCCUGGGCAGUCGACGAAACCCUGGGUAGCAUAUGCAGCGUUAUUUUCAAGGUAGGACUGCAGGUGGAGUAUGAAUGGCUGUCGAACUACAACCUGGACCCAGAGAAGCACAACGAUGAUCUCAGCGAGUACUCCGCUUUGAGUACGGGGAGAGAAUGGAGGAUGGCGAUUGAAGAGCUAAUGGCGUGGCUUGGGUGGGUGGAACAGUGGACUGGGUGUGAAGGCCCUUGCGGGCAAGGUCGGUCGACUGCUGGGCCAUUUGUGGCGGCAACGACUAAAGGGCCGGCGGGCGGCGUGGCUGCAAUGCGGCGGGCGGCGGUCUCCUCCGAACCAGGACCUCGUGGCGCGCAUCCCACCUUCCUUAUUGACUCAGCUCCAGCACUAGCUAGCCACUUUACCUCGGCGCCUUGGCCAGCCUUCUUAAGACUCCCCAAAGUCCUCACCGUCCUCUUCUACAGGAGGCCUGCUGCCACUCACUCGCAUCUCCCCAGAAUACCCUUGAAAUCCACCCCGCCGCCUACCCCGCCAUCAGCUAGCUCCCCCGCCAUGUCCUCCGACAACCUCAUUGCCGCUCCUGCCAGCGUGUACAAGCGCGCCAUCGAGACUGCCGAGUUCCUCAAGGCGAACGUGCCCGCCGAGCUGAACAGCCCCAAGGUCGCCAUCGUCUGCGGUUCUGGCCUCGGUGGCUUGGCCGAAACAAUCCACAAGGAGCCCGUUUACGCGACGCCCUACGCCAACAUCCCCAACUUUCCUCAGAGCACCGUCGCUGGUCAUGCGGGCAAGCUCAUCUUUGGCUUGAUUGGGCCCGCGAAGCUGCCCGUCGUUCUGCUCGUUGGCCGUGCCCACUUCUACGAGGGCCACGCCAUGGACAUGGUCACCUUUGCUACCCGCGUGUGCAAAGUCCUCGGCGUGGAAACAAUGAUCGUCACCAACGCCGCCGGUGGCCUCAACCCCGAAUACUCCGUCGGCGACAUCGUGUGCCUGAACGACCACCUCAACUUCGUCGGCCUCGCCGGUUUCCACUCCCUCCGUGGCCCCAACGCCGACGAGUUCGGCCCUCGUUUCCCGCCCCUCUCCGACGCCUACGACCUCGAGCUGCGCCAGCGCGUGCACAAGGCCUGGAAGAAGCUCGGCCUCGACAAGACCCCCCGGAACCUGCACGAGGGCACGUAUGCCUUCGUCACCGGCCCCAGUUAUGAAACGCGAGCCGAGUGUCGCUUGUUGCGCACCAUGGGCGCCGAUGUCGUGGGCAUGUCGACGGUGCCUGAGAUUGUCGUUGCGAGGCACUGCGGCAUCAGGGUUCUUGCGUUCAGCUUGGUUACCAACAAGGCCGUGCUCGAGGCUGGUCCUCGGGGCGACGACCCAAUCAUCCAAGACAUGAACAAGGCUGAACUGGAGGCCUACUUGAGCAAAGGCAAGGCGAAUCACGAAGAAGUUCUCGAAGCUGGCAAAGAGGCAGCGAAGGACAUGCAGGAGCUGGUGAAGCAGGUUCUAUCUGAUCUUGGCGCUGCAUAG